UUGGCUUACACAUAGACCGAAGGAAGAACAGACCAAUCGGUCAUGACUUUUUGAUGGCUAUUUAUUACUUUGUGUCAUCUGCUGCUCCAACCUAGCAUCAACGCUCCGGAGAAGCGUGAAGGCUCAGUUGGUGCGGAGUCAUGAGAGUGUUUGUAAACAACACGUUCACAAGGAAACUGGAGUCAGAGGCCUCCCUUCACACAUCUUUGAGUAUCAACACAUCCAGCAUCAUCGUGGGAUGUGAAGGAUGUCAGAAAUCACGUUUUAAUUUCUUACAGUCGACAGGAUGAUUCAUUCCUAACAGUGUUUUUUCACAGACCAUCAUGUUUUAGCUGAAGAGCUUUAAUAAGAUCUUCCUUUUAUCUUUGCACUGGACUACACGCAUUAAGUCAAUAUGCCUUGGCCAUUUUCCGAGUCCAUUAAGAAGCGGGCCUGUCGGUACCUCCUGCAUCGCUACCUUGGCAACUUUCUCCAGGAAAAAUUGAGUUUGGAUCAGCUCAGUUUAGAUCUCUACCAAGGCACUGGAUCACUGGCACAAGUGCCUUUGGAUAAGUGGUCACUAAAUGAGCUCCUAGAGACGGCAGACGCUCCCUUUGAGAUCAUUGCGGGAUUCAUCCAGACUAUUUCUCUAACCGUCCCGUGGGCAGCCUUGCUGCAUGAUAACUGUGCUCUCGAGGUCAAAGGUUUGGAGAUGGUGUUUAGACCAAGGCCAAGAGUAGCAUCUGCCACUGAGCCCAUGUAUUGGUCCAGUUUCAUGACGAGCAGCAUGCAACUCGCCAAAGAGUGUCUGAGCCAGAAGCUCACAGAUGAUAUGGGAGAGAGCUUCCAGCCGUUUGAAGGACUGGAGAAGUUUGCCGAAACUAUAGAAACGGUUCUGAGAAGAGUUAAAGUGACAUUUUUGGAUACAGUUCUGAGGGUGGAACACAUUCCAGAAAAUUCCAAAACUGGAAUUGCUCUUGAGGUUCGAAUCAAGAAAAUUUUUUACUCCGAUGAAACUGGGGAGGAGAACUCGAGUGUGAAUGUGCAUCAGCCAAUCACAUUUGCGCACAAAAAGCUGCAGAUGGAAGGCAUCACUGUAUUUUGGGAUGAGUUCUCUGAUGUGUCUCGAGCUGGUUUUAAAUCUUCACCUCCUCCAACGGAAAUGGAGCCAAAACUAUCUCCUAGUUGGAAUCCAAAAAUCAUUUGCGAGCCUCAUCCGCAGUUCACAGAGACGGUAUCCUCGACAGCACCCUUUCAACCUGUGCAAGUUGGGAGUCUCUGUGGUCAAAUUGAGCUGUCCCUCACGCUGAAAAACAACCUAGCCAUGCCUGGAGCAAAGCUGGAUGUCGGCGGUCACAUUGACACGUUGCUCAUUUUGCUCUCACCACGCCAAGUUCAUCUACUCCUGGACUUGUUUGGCGCUUUUUCCGGUGAACGUGCACAGGAAUUGGCCAAGGACAGAAAGAGCCGGCCCAUGCAGCAAGAGGAUGAGUACCGACUCCACAUGGAACUAAACCGCUGUCUGAAGAAAGAAACUACAAUGGCAGGAGCAGAGGCCGAGCUCUUUGACAGCCAGACGACCCGAACUGUUUCCAGUCGAGAUGAUGUCUUCUUCUCCAUGGCUGACAUGGACAUGUCCCACAGCUUGUCGUCCCUUCCUCCCUUGGGGGAACCACUCACUGUGGAUUUGGACUUGUCGCUCAAUAGCAACUACUCCGCGUCUCCGGGAGAAUCGCCCCCGGGAAACACGACUGCUCUGUGGGACGAUUACGUGGACGUACCACGACAAAGAGAGAAGCAGACACAUGGACAUUCAAGGGACCCGCAACUCCCUCAAACAUUAUUACGACAAACUUCACAUCCGUCCAAAACCCACGGAGACGAGUCAAGGCCAGAGGUGGUUUUAAGUCUGACAUUGAGCAGUUUGGCAGUCUCAGUCCUCCACAUUGACCCACUGCCGCCACUAGAUGCGUCCCCUAGUCCACUGGGCCCUAUUGCUCCCCACUUCUUCAGCAUAGUGGCCCCUGGCCAUCUCGACCCCGCUGCCUUCCUUCAAUCUCGAGCGGUCUUUAACCAGGCCUGCCCCCAAGAUCACCUCAGGUUUGUGGGUCAGGGUCUCAAGAUAAACUAUGAACACUGUCAGGGAUCCAGCUUACGGACUUUUACCACUGAUGUCUCCCUUGACCAAAUGGAGUUGCUGGAGUGUCUGUUCCCCUCAGAGACCUUCACUGGUGGCUCUCAGAGAUGCAUUCAAUACACUGAGCUCCUGAUGUUUGGCACUGCAGCCAGUGGCAACACACCACUUAGCACCUGCUUUCACCUGCUUUACAAACAGGUUGAGCGCAGAGGCCCCCAGGGCGGCCAGGUGCGGCUCAGCACUAUCCCAAGAAAAGCUGACAUGCAGGUCGAGCUGGGCCCUGUGCGCUCCGAGCUCGACAUCAGCAUCGUGGACCGUCUCAAUUCAGUACUUCAGCCUCAGAAGAUGGCCACCUCGGAGAUGAUGGCCUCACACAUGUACACAUCCUACAAUAAGCAUGUCAGCUUGCACAAGGCAUUUGCAGAGGUUUUUCUCGACGACAGCCACACCCCCUCCAACUGUCACGUGUCACUGACAGUUAAUGCACCAACAUUGGGCCUUGCAGUCCGCUUUCCCAUUCCCGAUCUGCGCUCCGAUCAAGAGAGAGGUCCCUGGUUUAAAAAGUCCUUACAGAAAGAAGUACUGUACCUGGAGCUGGAAGACCUGGAAGUUAAAACCGAAUUCAAGUGUGGCAGCACUCCAGAUCAAACCAAAAUGGAAUUCACCUUCAGGGAGCUUAUUGGCAGAUUCCAGGAGGAGCCGGAUCAACCAGCUGCCAGGUUCCUCAGAGUGUCCCACACCAUGGAUGGGGACAUGACAACAUCUGAAACUGUGAAAUUUGAUUGGCCGCGUGUCGUGUUGAAAAUGAACCCCACUGCGGUGCACUCAAUCCUUGAGCGCGUGACGGCCGAGGAUGACGAAGGGGCCGAGGACCAUUCCCUUGAGGAGGAAGAGGAGGAAGGGGCUGCCCACUCACUCAAGGAUGUCUGUGACUUUGGGAAACCAGAGCCGUCACCCUUUUCUUCCCGGAGGGUUAUGUAUGAGAAUGAAGAGAUGGUUAUACCUGGUGACGUUGCUGAGAUGACGGAGUUCCAAGAGAAAACCAUGAACAAUUCCCGUUUUGUCCUUGAGCUGUGUUUCCCGAAUGUGCAAUUAGCACUACCCAGCAAAGCAUUUUAUGAAAAACUACACAACAGAAUAAACAAUGACCUCCUCCUGUGGGAGUCCACUGCUCCUUCACCUGUGGAAACAGUCGAAAGCAUGCCAUAUGGUGUUGGCCUCUCUGUCGCCAGCCAAUUGAUCAACACUUACACUAAGGACAGCUUUAGCCAGUUUCGUUCGACUGGACCUGAGGAAGAUACCAGUGGUUCGGAUGAGGAGUACAUGCACUACUACUCUCCUUCUUCUGACCGAGGAUUCAGGUCUCAAAAGAAACAAAAGCCCAAAGCUCAGAGUAAGAGUAAGAGCUCCCAGAGCUUGUUCUCUGUCAUCAUCAAUGUCAAUCAUAGCUUGGUUGCUCUUCAAACUAACGCUAAGCAGGAGGAUAAAACGCUACUGAAAAACAAGCAUGGGGAAUUCUGGCUGGAGGUCAAAAAUGCGGUGCUGUUCAGUGUCACACAGCAUGAAGGUUUUAAAGACCAGCACUAUGUCUGCUUCCACACCACCAAUACUUCCAUGUAUCACCAAGGACUUGUAGAUGGAGGUACCUCCACCUCAGACAUAAAGCUGCCAGCCGGCUCACAUCCACACUGGCUGGAACCAACCAUCUACCAAUCAGAGUCAUCCCCCGAGAGAUCCUCGACUCCUUCAGAGUGUAUCAGCUUGGAGGCCCGCUGUAUGGUGUCUGUCGCUGUCAAGAUCUCAUCGCAGAAUGCUGAGCGCAGUAUCAAGGAAUUUUUGGUUGCUGUUGGCGUGAGAGGAGCAACAGUCCAGCACAAGGUGGUCCCUCCCAACCAGGGCUGGUAUGAUCAGAUCGUUGACUUUUUGAAUGUUUCUGAUGAGCCCGUGUUGGGGUAUGCUCCUCCCACGUCUGUAAGCACCCUACAUCUACAUUUAUGGAACUGCUCUCUUGACUACAGGCCUUUUUAUUUACCUCUCAGAUCACUGCUAGUGGUAGAAACAUUUAGCAUCUCUAGCAGCGUGUCUCUAGACAAUUCUUCCUCAACACUCAGGAUCAUUUUGGAUGAAGCUGCGCUGUUCCUCUCAGACAAGUGUAAUGCUGUCUCUGUCAAUUUAGCACGUGACUAUGUUCAAGUGGUAGAAAUGGGGACUCUGGAACUGCGAAUCACAGCUGUCAAACCUGGUGUGGAUGGGAAACUGUCUGAGCCAAGAUUUGAGCUUCGAUGUUCUAGUGACGUCAUCCACAUCAGAACGUGCGCAGAUUCCUGUGCUGCCCUCAUGAACCUAAUCCAGUACAUUGCCAGCUAUGGGGAUUUGCUCCCUCCUGCAGAGCCAGAGGCCAAGCAAACCAGCUCCAUCCAAAAAAACAAGGCAGAGUUCCCCAGCCGGCUCGUCUCUCAGACUCCGCUGCUAGCCGAGACCGAGCAGCAGAUGUUGCAGGAUCUGAUGAGCGAAGCAAUGGAGGAGACUGAUGGGCAGUAUGCUCCCGGGCUACAACAGAAUGGUGCUCAGGAGGAGAGGAAUCAUGAUCAUGAGCCCCCUCGCUCCGACUUGUUCCUGUUCCCAGAUGAGAGUGGGAAUUUUGUCCAGGAUUCCAGCCCCACUUACCCCACCCUCCACUCUCCUCUCAUCACUCCUUUCCCUAACCUGGCACAGGAAACUGAUGACUUUUGUAUUCUGGAGACGCCCGGUUCUCGAGCAGAGGAUGUUGAUCAGGAGCCCGUCGUAAAGCUGCUCACCUGCGAGCCUGUGCUAAUCAGAUAUGAUCACUUCAGUCAGCCUCUGGAUGGAAGUGACUCCAGCCGCGGAGCCUUGAAUUUUCCCAUCCCGGAGGUGCGUUACCUCAUCAAGGAGAUCUCCCUUGUGUGGCACCUAUAUGGUGGUAAAGAUUUUGGCAGUGUGACGUUUGCAGCUUCUCCUGCCAGAAGCCGGGGUGCUACUCCCCACAGUUCCCCCUCUCAAACUCCAGUUCGACAAGCCAGAGUUGCAGGACGCACUGGAGGUGGAAAAGGAAGGAAUCCUGAUGUCCUGAUGGAGAUCCAACUCAGCAAAGUGAGAUUUCAACACGAGGUGUACCCAGAGGACCGGGAGGCUUCCGGAUCACUAGCAGAACAGCCAGUAUCCCGCCAGGUGUUUGUUGUUCAAGACUUGGAGAUCCGAGACAGACUGGCAAGCUCUCAGAUGAACAAGUUCCUCUACUUGUACUCCAGCAAAGAAAUGCCCCGCAAGGCGCAUUCUAACAUGUUGACAGUGAAGGCGGUGCACAUGUGUCCCGAGUCAGGCCAGGCUCCACAGGAGUGCUGCUUACGUGUUUCCCUAAUGCCUCUCCGCCUCAAUAUUGAUCAGGAUGCGCUCUUCUUCCUGAAAGACUUUUUCACUAGUCUUUCCACGGAAGUGGAGUUUUUCUCACCACCUAGUCAAGAUGUGAAUAUGUCCAUGAAGAAAGCCUCCGCCCCAGAGAUCUCAUGCAGCUUCUCCAAGCAUGCUGGCACCAGUCAAGACCCAGCACCCAUCAUCUCCGUGCCUGCUCAGAGACGUUUGAGCCAGAAUGGUUUCUCCAGGUGCGGCCGAGAAGAGCCCGGUGACGAUGACGCAUCCACUGCGUCCUUCUCAGAUCAGCCCAUAUUCUUUAGGGAAUUCAGAUUCACCUCCGAGGUUCCCAUUCGCUUGGAUUAUCAUGGAAAACAUGUCUCACUGGAGCAGGGAACAUUUUCAGGGAUCGUUAUCGGCUUGACACAGCUGAACUGUUCGGAGCUCAAACUGAGACGGCUGUGCUACCGACAAGGUUUAUUAGGCGUGGAUAAGCUCUUUUCCUAUGCAAUUAAUGAGUGGCUUAACGACAUAAAGAAAAACCAGCUUCCGGGCCUCCUGGGUGGUGUGGGGCCCAUUCACUCGCUGGUCCAGCUGGUUCAGGGAUUCCGGGACUUGGUGUGGCUCCCCAUUGAGCAGUACAGGAAGGAUGGUCGCAUCGUGCGUGGCUUUCAGCGUGGCACUGCCUCCUUCGGAACCUCCACAGCUAUGGCCGCCCUGGAACUUACCAAUAGGAUGGUGCAGACCAUCCAGGCAGCAGCGGAGACGGCCUAUGACAUGGUGUCUCCGGUGGCGAAUGAAAGAGAUGCAAAGAGGGUAAAACGGUUCUCCCACUAUGGACUGGCUCAUCAGCCUGUUGACCUGAGAGAAGGUGUAGCCAAAGCCUAUACAGUGGUGAAAGAGGGAAUCACAGACACAGCUUUGACCAUCUACGACACGGCCACCCGGGAACAUGAACAACGCGGCAUGACUGGAGCAGUGGGUGGGGUUCUCCGUCAUUUGCCGCCUGCAGUCGUCAAGCCCCUCAUUAUGGCCACGGAAGCCACCUCCAAUGUCUUGGGUGGCAUGAGGAACCAGAUUCACCCCGAUGCCCGCCAGGAGGAGUCUCAAAAGUGGAGGCAAGGCGAGGAGUAACGAAGGCGAACAUCUGUUCUGGUGUAAAUAAUGAUCAUCUCAUGACGGUUGAGCUCGCCGGUUCCCUCACCAGUGCCUUCAUGUCCAUGGUUAUCAAACUCUCUAAUCAAAGGGAUGCUUACAAGUCAUAUCUUUAUUAGGUUAUGUUGUCUUGUAGGAACGAUGCAGCGUCUAAACAUACAGUAUAAUCAUUAAGAUGACAUGUUUACAAGUUGUUCUGUUAUCUUAGUUUCUGUCAGUAGUAAUAUCUCACGUGUGAGCCUGGAUUAAAGGUACGUGGGCUUUGUUAUUUGCUGUAAAUAUUCUAAUUUGUAACAUGCAAAUAUAUAAAGACGAGUAGGAAGUGGUAUGGUUGUGUGGAGUUACGGCACUUUUGAGGAACUUGAAGGGUCACUGCUUGCCUAAAGAAGUGAUACUAUGGGGCAGCAUUUUAUUUUUUUUUCAUUAUUUUGGUGGGGGGGGGGGUAAAUAUCCAGCUGUCAACAUUGUCAGGUUUCCACCUGUAGCUGCUUUCAUUGUUAAAACCAAAUUUUGGCAUCUACUCAAAUAUCGUGAGCCAAAGUCUUAAGAUACUGCUUGUAUUUUAUUUUUUUUUCUUCUUCCUAUAAAUCCUAUUUUUUUGGGCUGCACUCAUUUGUUUUUUGGGAAGUAACUAUUGUACAUAUAUGUAAAGUUCAUUCUUUGUAUUAUAAGUAUGAUUGGAAAUUAAAAACGUACAUUGUUCAACAUUAA